AUGUCCCUGUUCCUAUCGGUCCUACCUGCAGCUGCGCGGCACCUCCCUUCCCCGCGCGCUGCUACUGCUACUACUACUGCUACUACUACUGCUACUACUACUGCUACUACUACUGCUACUACUACUGCUACUGCUACUGCUGCGAACAUGUUACGAGCGAAUCAUGUAAGCCGUGGAUUAGAAUCCAUCAUGGCACAUGCCCGGCUUUCCCUCCCCCGUAAUUUUCACCGCGUUUCCCUCGCUUGCUAUUAUCCCCCUUCCUCCCGCCCCACUGUCGCAACACGAACCUUUGCGUCCAGGCGAGCCGCCGCCAUCUCGACACCUUCGGGCCUAGAUUCGGACCACCACCUGUCGGCGGCUAGAGAAUGGGCCGCUAGGCUCAAUUCAAAGGCCAUCACCAUCCCGCGUGACAUCUGCGAGAUUUCCUUUAGUCGUUCUAGUGGCCCUGGAGGUCAAAACGUGAACAAGGUGAACUCGAAAGCCACAUUACGAGUCCCCCUCAAAUCUUUACUGCCUUUCGUCCCCCAACUUCUACAUGCCCCGCUGCAAGCGUCUCGAUACGUCGCCGCGAAAUCCCAGAUUCUGGUCAUUCAAUCGGAUGAGUCGCGCAGACAGACCGCCAACGUGGAGGCUUGCUACGAUAAGCUCCACCAGGUCCUCAAGAGCAUAGCAGAGGACACGAUCCCCGGAGAGACCUCGCAAGAACAACGUGACAAGGUACAAAAAUUAAAGAAAGCUGCAAACGAAGCCCGCAUCAAGUCGAAGAAAUUGCACAGCAGCAAAAAGAGCAGCCGACGGGGUAGUUAUGACGACUAA